AACACAUGACUUGGGCGUUUAGGGAAGGUGCGAAUGGCAGGCGGCGUCAUCCCAAUGGCAGCCUUCGCUAGCGCGUCGUCUUCAACGCGCACAGACACAUCCAUACACGACUACAUAUCAGCCAGCUGUGCCUAGGCAUUGCAAGUUCAAUCGACAUCCCGCACCAUUGCCACUCAUGAUUGACGUCCUCACCUUGACAGCGUCCCAAGCGCGCGACUUGCUCGAUCAAAAGGCCCUUACAUCCGUUCAACUGGUAGAAGCAUAUCUCGCCCAAAUCGAGAAACACAACCACCAAGGACUUCACCUCAAUGCCAUCAUCUCCGUCGCGCCUCGUGACAAGACUCUCGAACUUGCUCGCCGCUUAGACCAUGAACGCUCGUCCGGCCAUGUAAGAGGGCCACUCCAUGGAAUCCCCUUCGUUUGCAAGGAUGUCUUCGCCCUCCAUCCCGAUCUUGGAAUGCCUUGUACCGGCGGCGCGCCAUGUCUCGCAACGGCCAAAGCUCGACGAACCGCGCCAUUGAUCCAACACCUUCUAGAUUCGGGGAUGAUCCUGCUGGGCACAGGGAAUUUGACUGAACUUUGUGGAAUGAAAUACGAAACUAUCAAACCCGGCUGGUCACCAAUGGGCGGUCAGACGCACUCUCCCUACAUCUACGGCGGCACGCAGAUGGAUGACGGCUUUGUGGGCCACUCCUCCGGCGGUGGGAGUUCGUCAGGCUCUGGGGCGUCUGUUGCCGCUGGUUUCGCACCGUUGGCCAUUGGAUCCGAAUGCUGUGGCAGUUUGACACUCCCAGCCACUCGAGCCGCAGCCUAUUCGUUGAAGUGUGGCCUGAACCAAAUCAAUGUAGAUGGCGCCCUUCACUACUCCGACAAUACCGAUUACUUGGGAGGGAUGGCGAAGAGUGCCGACGAUUUGGCCACCUUCAUCGCCGCGCUGAUGCAGAGAUCUGAACCUUUUGAUUUGAGUGGCGGGUUACAAGGGAUCAAAAUGGGAUUCGUCAAUUCCCGAGAAUGGCAGAUGUCCGAAGCAAUGUGCAAGGCAUCGGAGGCAGAUCGCGAGGCGAUGGACAAGGCGUUUCAGGCCGCAAAGGACAAGUUCACUGCCGCUGGUGCCGUGGUUUCGGAGGAUGUGAAUCUACCACAUCCCAGUCAAAACAACCGAUUCGAGUGGAAGGGCAAGAGCAUGUUCUACGAGGUUACUGUCUAUCAGAUGAGAAAUACAACGUUCCCUGCAUUCUUCAAGGAAUUCGAGGAAUCGGAGGUUCACUCGAUCCCAGAAAUGAUCAAGUGGAACGUUGAUCAUGCAGACCAAUGCUUACCAUUGGAACACCCUUACCAGAGCCAGUUUUACGAUCUGCUGCAUGACCGAGUUACGCCGGAGGAGCACCAAGAGAUCAGAGCGGCUUUCUACCAUGAAGGCAACGACCUCUUGAAACUCUUGGAGACGCUGGACGUGGUCGUCGCGUUCGGCGAAAGCUCACUCGUCAUGUACACCUCCGCCGCGCAAUGUCCGAUCGCCGCCGCUCCAUUGGGCACGAUUCAGUACAGUGAAGAGAACGAGCGGCCGUUUGGUUUGUCCUUUGCCGCCAAACCAGGCAACGAAGGAUUAUUGCUACGGGUCCUCGCGGGGUUUGAGAAGCUGUACCCGCAUCGUCCAUUGCCGCGGCCUUUGACAGAUGGUCCCAAAGUCUGAACGUCGACGUCACUUUCAAUAUUGUCCGACCCAAGCAUUUCAACCCACGUGCUUGACAUCUUCGGAAACUUCGGAGCUGUUA